AUGGGUGCUGGACAGUCGUCGGCCAGCGGCGCCCAGGACGCUGCCCCUGAGGCACAAAAGACUGGCUACUACACACUUCUCGGUAUUGAACGCGAUGCCACCGAAGACGAAAUCAAGAAAGCCUACCGUCGCAAGGCCCUUGAGCUGCACCCUGACCGCAACUAUGGGAACGUCGAGUCUGCCACGUCGAUGUUUGCCGAAGUGCAAUCGGCCUAUGAAGUUCUCUCGGAUCCGCAGGAAAGGUCUUGGUACGAUUCACACGAGUCUCAGAUCCUACGCGGAGAUGAUCCCUCCACUGGAGGUGCUGGUGCUGGUGCUGGCGAGUACGAGUAUGGCAAUGUCAAGAUGACGAGCUCGGAAGAUCUGGCUCGUAUGCUGCGGAAAUUCAACAGUGGCGUUGAGUUCACCGACGCUCCAUCUGGCUUCUUUGGCUAUCUUCGCGAGACCUUCGACCAGUUGGCCGAGGAAGAGGAGGCCGCUGCCCAAUGGGAGCAUGUCGACCUGCCCGAUUACCCGUCGUUCGGCCACAAGGACGACCACUAUGACGACGUGCCCAAGUCCUUCUAUGCCGUUUGGCUGUCCUUCAGCACUCGCAAGUCGUUCGCUUGGUGCGACAAGUACCGCCUGUCAGAAGCUCCAGAUCGCCGUUACCGUCGUAUGAUGGAGAAGGAGAACCAACGCUUCCGCGAACAAGGCAUCCGCGAGUUCAACGAUUCAGUCCGCGCCCUAGUCGCCUUUGUCCGCAAGCGCGACCCGAGAUACAUACCGAACACCCAGACAGAGGCCGAGCGCCAGAAAGUUCUGCGUGACGCAGCCGCUGCCCAGGCUGCCAGAGCAAGAGCCGCGAACCACGUCAACACAGAAGAGUCCGCCAUCCCCGAGUGGGCCCAGACCAUCUCGAAAGACGAGAACGAAGGUGUUGUCGGGGAGAGCGAAUCCGAGGUUGAAGAGGUCUACGAAUGCGUUGCCUGCAAAAAGACAUUCAAGAGCGAGAAGCAAUGGGAUGCACACGAGAAGAGCAAGAAACACCAGAAGGCCGUCCAGGCCUUGAGAAAGAAGAUGCAGAAGGAGAACGCACACUUGAAUCUGGAUAGCGAGCCGACAAGCGGAGACGCUACACCGCUUGACGCUGAGGACUACGAACCGCUACCAGAGAGCGAGUAUCCCAUGAUGGAAGACGAGCCUCUACAGGAAGAUGAAUAUCCAGUGAUGGACGAUGACGCAGCAACAAACAUGAAUGAUCUCACCUUGGAGGGCCACCUAUCCGAGUCUGACGACGAAGGCACUGCUCAAUCCAUACCACCUACAGCCGUGAACGAAGAACCCACUGAACAGACAGUCAACACGGCCGACUCUUCAGAUGACGAGUACGCUCCCGCCUCAGAAGUGAAAGCUCGCCUGACUCAAGAUCCUCUCAACCAAUCUCCCAGCACAGCUCUCGGUAUCGACUCAGACUCAGAUCUCACGCCUUCGAAACAAGCACCUAAGAAGGGGAAAGCUGCCCAAAAGAGGGCGAAGCGAGCUGCCGCUGCCGCUGCUGUUUCCGCAGAACAAGAAGAAAACAACUUCAAGUGUGCAAUGUGCGACGCAAAGUUCCCGUCCAAGACUAGACUUCACCAGCACAUCAAAGACUUUGGACAUGCCGCACUCAAGAGUGUCACUACUGCUGGCGGUGCAAAGGGCAAGAAG